GUUGGACCUUAUUUUCGUUUGGUUCCCAUAUGUUUUGUUAUGAAGAGAUAAACCGGCUCACAAAAACCAACAAAAAGUUUAGAUAGUAUUUCAACACUUCGUAGUUUAAAAGCAUAUUUCAACUUUGUUUCUUUUGAUGCGGGCUUCUCCAGCUUGUUUCCGUUGCCUGGAAACAGUUGACUUUCGAAAUCGAAAACGUGUAGAUUUUUACUCUAGUUUGUAGUUCCCCUCACAAUGGAAGGAUUACCGCUCUUGCCGGGCUAUUCUUUUAGCGAUGUUACUAGAACAAAGCACUUCAAGCCUCGCUUAUUCGAAUGGAGAAACGGCUACCCCUUGGUUAAGCAUUCCAAAGCUGGAAUCGGCAACACUCCGCUGGACGUCCAGAGCGUCCUUUUCACCAGGGGGCUUGAUUCGGUGAGGUACGACCCGUCCCUGACAUACGGAAGGACAAAAAAUUAUAAACCGGAAACUCUAAAGCCUCAUUUUGUUCUCUAUGACAAAAAAUGUCUUACUUUCAAAGCGUUUUUCAAGCAGGGGGUUCCAAACUCGCCCGACGAACAUUUCAGAGUACGCUUGGUGAACAUUGUCUAUUUUCUAGAAGAUGACACAAUAACAGUAAUGGAACCGCCUGUACAGAAUGCAGGCUUUCCUCAAGGGCGAAUAGUUACCAGGAAUAGAAUUCGUAAGCCUAACGGAGAAUCUUUCUACCAUUGGAAGGAUUUAAAUACAGGAAUCGAAAUAGAAAUUUAUGGAAUUGUAUAUCACCUAUGUUCUUGUGAUAGUUACACCAGGGAAUACCUCAUGAGUCAAGGCGUUGAAUUGAAUGAUGAUGAAUGUUUGCCACAAGAUCCUUACACAAGAAAGAGAAUGUCUCAAAAUACAGUAAAAACUAGCAUUACACCUUCAUGCGAAGAUAAAAUGUACAAAUUUUUAGCUUAUGAUAAGAAAAUAUUAAGGUUUUGGGCAGUUUGGGAUGACAGAGAUAGUGAGCAUGGAACAUUAAACUUUUUCAAAAUUCAUUAUUACUUAGGGGAUGAUGAAAUGGAAGUGAUUGAAGAAAUAGAACCGAAUUCUGGAAAAGAUAUGAAGCCAGUGCUAGUCAGAAAAUCUAAAAUACCAAAAAAUUGGAGGAAAGUACGAGAGGAUUUCCCAUCCAUAUAUAUGGAAAAAAUAGAAGAAGACUUUACUGAACACUAUGGAAUUAAAGAUUUAGUAAUCGGGAAUACUUUAUUCAUUUAUGGCAGGAGAUUCCUACUGGUAAACUGUGAUAACUAUACUCGAGUGUUCUACAGAGAAAUGUUAAGGAUAGAACAGCCUCCCCCUAUAGACAUGACACCUAAGAAGACAGUUGCACCAUCUUAUUCUCUGCCACGUUAUUCUGGAUUUGGUACACAUGAGGAUAGUCUACAAUCUUGGAAUUCAUUUAUUCCAAAGCCUCCUAAGAAAGAUUUGAUAAGAUAUUUACUGAAUAUGAGGAAGAUUCUUCGCUACAUGGCUGUAAUGGAUUACAUUCACCCAGAGGACAAAGAUCGUAGGUUUGUGUUGGAAUACCGACUUUCAGACGGCUGUUUGAGUGUACAUGAGACACGGCUACACAAUUCAGGCUUUGAGGGAGGAAAAUUCUUGGCAUUCACUCUUGUCCCCAAACCCAACACAUCCUAUGACAAUCCGGAAUAUUAUACCCCUGUCGAUUUUACUUUAGGAUCAAUCGUCAACUGUUUUGGACACAGAUUUAAGAUAAUAGGUAUAGACCUUGCAGUAUACAGGUACAUGGAGGCAAACCCUGAAAAGUUCAGGCCUGAGGUUGUCUCCGAAGUCAGAAAACAUUUGGUAAGGGAGGGACAUCUGAACGAGGAUAUCAAAGAUGUAGCCGAAUACAGGAAACACGAGGAAAUUGCUGAGCCGGUGAUUUAUCCCAAUGCACCAGAGUACAAUGUUCAGCAAGUCAGGGCAGCGAAAGAGCAGAUGAAACUCGACCCACCUGACUGCACACCGAUCAACCAGCAAAUGAGGCAGCAAAUGGUAACAAAUGGAGAAAAAAAUCUAUGCAAAUCAUGAAUAACUUUAAAAAACAUAGCAAAUCGUGAUAACAUACAACUAAAAUAUGCCUUAAAUACAUUGUCUGCAAAUAAUCGUUUUGAAAACUUU